AAGAUAUUGGGCAUUGAAUCGUUGUCGACUAGAUUAACGCUACUCAUGCUUCGUGAUUCUUUGAUGGUUCUGUAUCCGUGAGAUUCCCGCCCAAUAAGUGCAUUUCGCGCUUCUUUGGACAACAUCAGAACGACUCUUUGGGUGUGUGGAGCACUUGCCUCUUCGUGACCGGAGUACAGCGGCAAUUCUCUUGAAUCCAAUCUUUUCUGCCUAGCUUGGGUACAAUCAGUUUCACUGGUUGGGAUGGUGUUGCCGACUCUAUGCUCAAUCUUCCUCCUUUACUCGGGCUUGUGAUUGUCAGUAACUCUAGAAGAGCUAUAGGCGUUGCAAAAAUGUAAUAUUUCUAUAACCUCGUCUGUAUGCAGUCUCGGACAAUCCAAAUCCAACCACUAGUUCAGGUUACAUUACUUAGGAAAUGAUAUUUUUUAACGAACCCUUAUGAGUUAUCAUUCAAUAAUCUGAUGGCUCCAAUGACUCGAAAGAGUUGUUAAAUCUAUCUUACUAUUCCCGGGAAAGAACAUUCUAAUAUCCUGGACUGGUCUGCAGUCGCAUAUAAAAACCACAAUUAUGACGAACUCAAGUCAACUUCCUUGAAUUUUUUGUUAUGGUGGUUUUGAAAUUCUUUCACACACUGACCUUAUUACACAUCACACACUUAUGCCAAUUCAUUUACAAUUUUUUCAAUACCUCUCCUCAUUAUGAUCAUAAUUUUAUGGUAACAUUUCAAUACAAGUUAUUUAGUAUAUAUUUUACUCUUAGACGACCUCCCAUCUAUAAAUUUAGUCUGACCAUUGAAUAUACAAACUAUUGUGAUUUAGUGAAUUCGACUUAUCUAAGAUAGGUUGGAUAAACGAAGCAUACAACCUGGAUGCUAUUGUCCUUGUAAAUUGUGGUUCCGAAAAAGUUUCCUAAGACUAAGCCUUAUUGUUCAUCCUUUCUCACUGACCUCGUUAGCUCUUCAUUCUUUCCUUUUAUAUCAUUCGUAACUAUUAGCUUCUACAAUUGGUUUUAGCUACUUAGUAAACAGUAGAUUUUGUCUUUAUACACCUUUCUGUAUGUAAGUACUACUCCUAAACCUUUGUUUAGCUCAUAGAUUACAUCAUUUUCCCCUACUUUGUUUACUUAUUGUUUCACCCCAUUAAAAAAAAAAUCAACAUGCAUUUCUAACUGUAUCUUCCAUUUAACUACUUGUAACAACAGUCAUGUGGUGUGAAUUUAAAUCUGUCAUUAUCAUUCUUUGAUGAACGUACUGAUCUUGGUUGUGUAUACACGUUUUCAAAAUGAACGUUCUUAACUACCUUAUUGUCCAUUUUCCUAAAAUGUUCAUAACUUGGGACCAAGAAGUCCUUCUAAAUAUAUUGUCAAGAUGAACUCUACAAAGAUUGUAGUCAUUGUGACCUGACUUUCUUGGGAACUUUGGCUUAUGCGUCUGUUUGUGUAAGCUUUUCAUCAACUCUUCUUUUUUAUACUCCAGAGAAAAUAAACUGAACAGAAAAGUAUCACUUUGAAUCAAUUUUUUAUUAUGCCUAUACACUCGUAUCUGUGUUGAUUGUACAAUCAUGUGUACUAAGUAGUCAGUGAUUGUGCUUUUUCGAACUUGCUUUAGUUUAUACACCAAUGAUUCAUGAUACUGCUGCUAAUAAUUCUAAAGAAUCAGGAAUAACUACAGGAACCUCAGUAGGUUUUAAACUUUUACUGCGUUAUGAAAUAAUGUUCAGAUUCCUUCUCAUGAAAACCGACCUGGUAACAAUUCUUUACCAUCAUAUCGUAGCGGAGAUUUCUCUAGAACAAUGAAACGAAAAGCAUCUCGAAUCAGUCAUCAUAAAGCUAAACGUGAAAUGAGAAACGCACCAUGGACGCCCGGUGAUGAUUAUUUAUUGAUAAAUUCCGUUGUCAUGGUAUGUAACCUUACAGAAGUGUGUCACACUGUAAGAUUCGCUGUUCAUUUUACGGAGAAAGAAAUUGAACGUCGUUGGCGUGAUUUAUUAUUCGACCCAAUCGUAUCUAGCACUGCGCUGAAAGCAAUCGAGCACCUUCCUUCGUUUAUGAAAUCCCAAUUAGAUAGACAAAUACCAUUCAGUUCACAAGAGGAUAAUAUUAUAGCUCAAAUUUCUUUCUCCGAUGUCUAUCCAGACGGUGUGUUCAAAUCGCUUAAUAUACAUAGUCUGAAUCCCUCCAUAUUUACAGAAAUUUUACGCAAAUAUCCAACAGUAUUCUACCAUGGACGAGAUGAACUAGAUUUAUAUCGUCAGUGGUGUCGUUUCUACAGUUGCCAUUGCAUCGUUGUAAAAGAUGGUGUAAAGUUGAAGUCAAUACCUAACUUUAACACCUCAUUAUCGACUUCACCAGAUGUCAAAACAACAGGUGCGACGACAACAGCAAUAAAAAAUUGUGAUGGUAUAUCUUUGCUGAAAAAUGUUGGUUAUUCUAAUUCUAUAGCAUUAGGUGGUGAUCCACAAAGUUUUUCUGAUACAGAAUUAUUAUUAGAGGAGACAGUAACCAAUGCAGUCGUUGCAGGAAUCCCUAAAUUAACUGAACCAUCGACAGUGUCACGUAGACAACAUAUGCUAAAUCAAACAUCAUAUCAUGGUUUCCAAGGUCUUGUUACACAAACAGUCUUGGAAGUACUCCUUAAAGAAUAUUCUAGUCAAUUAAAUGAUUCACUUGUACAUCCUAGUCUACAGCAUCACUCUUCUCCGACUUCUGCCGCUUCUUCUUCUUCUUCAACAACAACGUCCAGUACACGUGGAGCAAUAGCAACAGGUCUAGAGUUGAAAUCGUCAAUCGACCAUGAUCAGAGUCACUCACUACUAAUACAAGAAACAAGUAAUAAAUCACAUUUAUUGUCCUUUAUAAGUUCAUCACCUGUACCACCAUUACUAAGUAAUCAAGAAUUUGAUUUUAAACGUCGAUUAGAAUUACAUCGACGUCGCGGACGUUUGUGGGCACAUUUACGUCGAAAUAAAGAAGAGGCUAGACGUUGGACACGUCUAGUUGAAAUGUUUGUAACUAAUGGUCUAGAAAUAAUGGAUCCACAACCAAUUUAUCCAGCAUUAGCAUCUCUUACGGGAUCGAGAACACAAUUUUUGAUAAAAGAAAAAAAGGUCAUAUUUGGUCGUAAUUCAUUCGUUUAUCAACCGCAUAUCGAUUUAUCAAUGGAAGGUAUUGACAGUGGACGUAUAUCACGUUGCCAUGGUCAAAUACGCUUAAGUAAAGAUGGUAUAUUUUGGUUAACUAAUUUUUCAUCUCAUACUGUGUAUGUUGAUGGUAACCCGAUACUGACAGACGAAGAAGUUGAGCUGAAGGAUUUCGCAACAAUUUUAGUUGAUCAUAUCACAUUGAGAUUUGAUGUGAAUCAUGAUUACGUGAAUUGGAUAUGUAGCGAUGAUAGUACCACUGCCACCACUACUAAUAGUAUAUUUAUUUAUAGUUGUGGUAAUGAUAAUAGUGAUACGAGCCAUUCCAUUAAAAAUAAUCAUUAUGACGGCGACAAAACUCUCAUAAUAACAUAGAGGGAAGUAUUUCAGAAGAAACUCAACUAUUCGUCAAUAGUCAGAGUGAACUAUCAGAAACCCCGAAAUUAACAGGAUUGUCAGGUUUUAAACAUCCAGAAAAUUAGUGAUCGAUCACCUUCAAGUGAAUAAAAAUAAUCCUAGACUCAUAAUAUUGUUAUUUGGUAAAAUGUAUUUUAAUUUGUGUGAGUUGUUUUAUUUUCAUAAGAAAUAUUCUGCUCUGAUGUGUUACUGUUAAGCUGUCCAUCGGGAAGUAAUUUCUCUAUAUUAUGGUCGUUUGUGGGAGACGACAGUGUGUUUUACUAUAUAGUGAUUUGAUUGAUUCACAAUUUUGUCAGGUUCCUGUCUGAUAUAUAGGUUAGAUUAUACUAAUUAAAAUCAAUAAAUUCAUCCACUGAUUUAUCUUGCUCUGUCUCAUUAAUAUUAUUCUAACGCAUUCAGUCAAAAUAGAACUGAUCCUAAUUGUUUAGAAG